AUGCAUGCCGAGUGCCUGCCUCUGUGCUGGGAAAGGGUGCAAGCUGUCAUGCCCUUGAACAAGACGACAGCCAUGUCCCCAGAUCCUCAAACCCUGGCCUCUCUUGCGUGCAACAAGGUCCCGAGCAGGAAUCCUAUGAUGGAUCAGGAAUCUCUCCUUAGAGGGGACCCGGAGUCUUUCAGACGGAGGUUCAGGUGGUUCUGCUACUCGGAAGUGGCUGGACCCAGGAAGGCCUUGAGUCAGCUCUGGGAGCUCUGCACGCAGUGGCUGAGACCGGACAUUCAUACCAAAGAGGAGAUCUUGGAGCUUUUGGUGUUUGAGCAGUUUCUGACUAUUCUGCCUGGAGAGAUGAGGGUUUGGGUAAAGUCUCAGCGUCCAAAGAAUGGGGAGGAAGUGGUAACCCUGAUAGAGGAUUUGACCCAUGUGCUUGAAGAACCAAAAGACCCUGUCUCUCAAGAUUCUAAUGUUGGCCAAGAGACCUCAGACAGAGACAAAACGAUUGCUGUCCAUCCAGAUGCUGAGUCUCAGGGAUCUAUAACCUUCAAGGAUGUGGCCAUGGACUUUUCCAGAGGCGAGUGGAAGAAGCUGGAGCCUUUGCAGAAGGAGCUGUACAAGGACAUACUGCUGGAAAACAUCAAGGACCUGGAAUUUCUGGGCGCUCCGGUUUCCAAAUUGGAGUUGAUUUCCCAGCUGAAGUGGGUUGAGUUGCCGAGGCAGCUGGAAAAAGAAAUCUCAAAAGAUUCCAGACCAGAACUGACUCUGGAGAAAAUAGUAGAAGGUGGCUUUAGGGAUGAUGGUCACGACUUGAUGGCAGAAUUGGAGAAAUACUAUGGCAGACCUGAGAAUGAACAAGGCAGAUCUUCCAAAGGAAAAACCACACAGAAGAGUAGCAGGAGAGGCAAGAAGGGCGAAGACACAGAGAAGACCCCCUGCGGGAGUACACUGAAGCGAACUUCGGACGUCAUUAAAUACUUGAGAGUCUACUUAAAGAAGAAGUCUCGGAAGCAGAGUGAAAGCAAGAAACCCUUCAGUUUCCAUUCCGAUCUCGUCCUGAAUCGGAAGGAGCAUGCCGGAGAAAAGUCACGGAAGCACAAGGAAGGUGGCAGAGGUGGAAGUCGUGCUGCGUCUGAUCAUCAGAAACAUCCAAAAAUCUAUUUGGGGAAUAAGUCCCGGAAGUGUAACGUGUGUGGGAUAUCCUUUACUCACGGUUCUUGCCGUCCUGAGAGAAGGAGCUCCCCUACCUGUCGUAAAUGCUGGAAAGCUUUACAUCCAGACCCACCUGCCGAUAAAGACGAGGCCGCGGAGAACACGCCGAAAUGUAGCAAAUGUGGGAAAGCCUUUGGUCCCUGCACCCCACUGCCUAAAUCCCACAGAACUAACACUGGAGAGAAGCCCUCGCUGUGCCACGAAUGUGUCAAGGCUUCCCGUGGUGCCUCAUCCCCCACGCCACCUGCUAGUCAGAGCGAAGACAAACCAUUCAAAUGUGAUGACUGUGGAAAAGGGUUCACCCUCAUCGCCCACAUCAUUAAGCAUCAGAGAAUUCAUACAGGGGAGAAACCCUACAAAUGUAAAGACUGUGGCCGAGCCUUCAGCGACAGUUCAUCUCUUAUUCAGCAUCAGCGCAUUCAUACCGGAGAAAAACCCUAUAAAUGUAACGAUUGCGGCAAGUCUUUCAGUCACAGCUCAUCCCUUUCCAAACAUCAGAGGAUUCAUACUGGCGAGAAACCCUACAAGUGCGAUGAGUGUGGAAAAGCGUUCCGACAGAACUCUUGCCUUACCCGGCAUCAGAGAAUUCACACUGGAGAAAAGCCGUACUUGUGUAAUGAUUGCGGGAUGACCUUCAGCCAUUUCACCUCCGUUAUUUAUCAUCAGAGACUCCACGCAGGAGAAAAACCUUACAAAUGCAGCCAGUGUGACAAAGCCUUCCCCACCCACUCUCUCCUUAGUCGGCAUCAGAGGAUUCAUACUGGUGUGAAACCUUACAAGUGCAAGGAGUGUGGGAAAACCUUCAGUCAGAGUUCGUCGCUCAAUGAGCAUUUCCGGGUCCACACGGGAGAGAAGCCCUACGAAUGCGACUUCUGUGGAGCCACCUUUGGUCGCAGCUCCAUCCUCGUGGAGCAUGUGAAAAUUCACACCAGGACCAAAGACUACGAAUGCACGAAGUGUGACAAGAUAUUUAAGAGUAAUUCAGGACUUAUCCGACACCGGGUGUAUCACGCCUCGGAGUAA